AUGGGUAAAGUUUCCAAAGCUACUAAAAAGUUUCAAACGAAGCAUCUAAAGCAUACUUUAGAUCAUAGAAAGAAAAUAAAGGCUCAUAAUAAAAAGAUACAAGGACGUAGAGGUAAUAAAUCUGAAGAAGAAAAGAAAGCUUUAGCGCUAACCAAGGAUGAGCAGAAACUACAGAAAUCUACUAAGGAGGAGGUUUUUAAGGAUAUGAGUGUUGAGAAGUUUUUUGAUGGCGGGUUUGCAAUUCCAAAAGUAGAUAAAAAGCUAGGUGCCGCCAAGCCCAACGGUAGUGAGGAUGAAAGUGACCAAGAGAGCGAUUCAUCAUUUGAUGAAGAUGAUAUGAAGGAAAACAUGGAGAAUUUGGCAUCUAAGGAUCCUGAAUUUUAUGAAUAUCUAAAGAAAAAUGAUGAAGAACUACUGGAUUUCCAGGCCACCAAUCCUUUAGAUGGGAUAAGUGAUGAAGAAGAGGAGCCAGCAGAGGAAUUAGAGAAGGAAAAGAAACCUGAAGAAAGUGGUCAAGUUUCAGUUUCAUUAAAAAUGGUGUCUAAAUGGAGAAAAGCAUUAAAAGAGAAGCCUACUACGAAGUUGGUGAGAAACCUUGUUUCUGCUUUUAAAGCAGCUGUAAAUGUCAACAAAGACGAGUCUGCAAACUACCUUUUUGCUGUUUCCGAUGCGAAGGCAUUCCAAGAGUUGAUGUUUUUGGUUUUAAAGGAUCUGCCUGUUGCUAUUCAAAAGAUGGUGCCAUAUAAGAUUGUCAGAAAUGUCAGAACACUUCCUUCUAACUUAAAUGUAACAAAGCUUUCUUCAAUCCUUAAAGUUCAUGCAGGAUCUUUAAUUGUCUUAUUGCAAGAUAUAACUAACACAGAAACCGCUGCGCUCGUGCUUCACUCGACAAACGAGUUGUUACCAUACUUCUUAUCUUACAGAAAAAUCCUAAAGGAGUUGAUCAGUUCUGCAGUUUAUGUUUGGUCUACUACUCAGGAAGUUGACACUCAGAUUGCUAUAUUUGCGUUCUUAAAUAAUGCUUCCAGGGAGUUCAAGAAAUCGCUCUUGCAAACGGUUUUGAAGUCCACAUAUUCUACAUUUAUGAAGUCAUGCAGAAAGACCAACAUGCGUACGAUGCCUUUGAUUAACCUCCAGAAGAAUUCAUCCACUGAACUCUUUGGCAUUGAUCCUGUGCUUGGCUACCAAAUCGGGUUUGAGUACAUCAGACAACUAGCAAUCAACUUAAGGAAUACUACCAGUGGUACCACUAAGAGGUCAUCCAAAGUUAAUUCAGCAGAGGCAUAUAAGCUGAUCUAUAAUUGGCAAUACUGUCACGCUCUAGAUUUCUGGUCGCGUGUAUUGGCAGCUCACUGCAAUCCAGAGAAGGAAAAAGGUACUGAAUCUCCACUAAGACAAUUGAUAUACCCAUUGGUACAAGUUACCCUGGGUGUGAUUAGGCUGGUUCCAACCGCUCAGUUUUUCCCUCUAAGGUUCUAUCUAAUCAGAUCUUUAAUUAGAUUGUCACAACAUACAGGGGUUUUCAUACCUAUUUAUCCUCUUCUAUCUGAAAUAUUGUCAUCUACCGCCUUUACAAAGCAAGCCAAGAAGAACUCUUCUUUGGCUAUGUUUGAUUUUGACCAUAAUAUCAAGUGUAACCAGGCUUACUUGGGAACGAAGAUUUAUCAAGACGCUUUAGCUGAACAAUUUGUUGAGCUCGUUGCAGAGUUCUACGUACUAUACGCUAAAAGCGUGGCAUUCCCAGAAUUAACAACUCCUGCUAUUAUUUCUCUGCGUCGUUACGUUAAAACUACAAAGAAUAUGAAAUUUAAUAGGAUGUUGUCUGUCUUGAUUGAGAAGUUGAACAAGAAUAAUGACUUCAUUUUGAAAAAAAGGUCUCAGAUUGAUUUCGGUCCAAAUAACAAGUCUGAAGUUGCAAGGUUCUUAAACGACGUACCUUGGGAAACCACUCCUUUAGGUUCAUAUGUUAAAGCUCAACGUGAAGUUAAGGAAGAAAAGGCUAGAAUAUUGAGAGAAUCAUUAGAAGAAGAAAAGAACUCAUCUCAAGAUGAAGAACUUUUGCCCGAUGCUUCCUCAGAUGCAGCUGAUGAUGAAGAACUGAGCGAGUAG